UCGUCUUCCACGUCCAUCUCGUACCAUCAAAGUUAACAGAUUGCAGACAAUCUUGAAGUGACGAACUUCAUUGAAAGUUUUUUUUCUUUGCAACGAAAGAAAAAACGUCUGCCGUUUAAUUUUCCUUUAAUUCAUAAUAUUAAUUUGUACCCGUCAGCAGGGGCGGAUUGUUUGUGUGAAUUCGUGUGAACAUUCCGCACAGCGGACGGACCAAAUUUUCAUUGGUAAGUACAGUGAAAAACCAACCGUGACGGAACGGAACUGAGGACGACACAAGACGAUGAGCUCAUCACAGUGGGAAGAAUUCUACGCGACCCAUCUGCCCCCGAACUGUUUCGAGGAUCACCGGUCGCUGCUGAAGGAAUUUUGCGAUAGGCACUACAAGCUGAAGAGCAACAUCGUCCUCAUUACGUCUGGCGGAACAACCGUGCCGUUGGAACACAAUACGGUUCGGUUUGUGGAUAACUUCAGCGCCGGUAAUCGCGGAUCGGCAUCGGCUGAGCAUUUUCUAGACCAUGGAUACGCGGUCAUUUUUAUGUAUCGUACAAAAUCUCUGGAACCAUUUUCGAGGCACUUUACCGGCCAGCAGUUGCUCGAUAUGCUGGAACUGCAUGAGGAGGGAAUGAGCACCACAAUCAACGUAAAACCCGAUUCCGUGGACGUCCUCGCGCCUAUUUUGGACAAAUAUAAAAAUGCCCAGGAAAUGAACAGGAUGCUAUACAUCACCUUCACCAGCGUGAUCGAUUACAUGUGGCUGCUGAGGGCCGCCUGCGAGUGCUUGGCCGCCUUUGAACGGGAUGCAUUACUGUACCUAGCAGCAGCGGUAUCGGAUUUUUACGUUCCCCAAGACGAAAUGCCGAACCAUAAGAUUCAGUCUGGCAACGGUGCUCCCACGAUAGCGCUACAGUUGGUACCGAAAAUGCUGGCCCCGCUGGUUAGCCUGUGGGUUCCGUUGGCCUUCGUCGUUUCCUUUAAACUAGAAACAGACGAAAGCAUUUUAAUUUCCAAAUCUCGCGAAAGUCUGAACAAAUACAAACACAAACUUGUGAUCGGUAACAUUCUGCAGACUCGCAAAAACCGGGUGGUGUUUGUCACGCCCACCAAAGCGUACGAUGUGCUGCUAUCGAAGGAGCAAGCCCACAAGGGUCAGGAAAUAGAGGAGCAGAUCGUGGCCGACGUUGUCCGGCGACAUCAGGAAUUUAUACAGGACGGGGAAUUGCAACAGUUCCAGCAGCAGCAGCAACAACACCAGCAGCAACAGCAACAAACACAAUGACCCUUACGCUCUCCGCGGUCGCUCACGGCGGGCGGGCCCGGGCAGCCACAAUACCAGUUUCAACAUCAGCAGCAUCAGCAACAGCCCCAGCCGCAUGCGGACUGUCGGGUGACGAUGCCGCAUUUCUGCAAAGUACUGAAUCCAGGGAGAAAAUAUUGAAUGGAUACGUGGAUUGUGGCUGGUGGUUUGUGGUUCGAGAGCGGGAAAUUGUUGGUUUAAUGUUUACCGCUGAGGUGUGUAAUUGUUUGGUGACUUUGUAUGUUAAUUGUGUUGAAGUAGGAAUAUAGAGGAAGAUGACGACGAUCGGAUAGAUGGUGUGAGAAAUAGCUGCCCUUAUUUUUAUUGUGAGUAGGGAAAGGUGAAUUUUGAUUUACGGUUGCUACAUGUGAGGCGAAAAUUGCUUCAACGCGCGCAGGCUUUGAUGAGUUGGUUAAGAACCUCGCUCGAAACUUUGGUCUGAUUAGUUUAACACCUUGAUAGUUUGCUAGUAAUAUCUGCUAGAAAUCGGUCGGCGUGCCAAUAUCUGAAGCAAUUCGUAACUUCAUUAUUGAAUUGUUUUGCAUAGUGAUCGGCAGUCUUCGAGUUUCGCACUUCUGAGACAGGCGCUUGAACCAUUAACAAUGGUAUGAAAAUAGUUUUAUAAUUAUAUUUAAAAAAUACAUUCAUAUGUAAUGCUCAGUUUCGUAAA